AUGGCAGAACCCCCUGUUGCACGUGAAGAAGCUGAAGUUCAAACUGGGAACCUACCUGUCCAAGCUACUGAAACAAAGACAACAACUGCUGUCAACAAUUCUGAACCAGCAACAUUCCCAGCACAGCCUGUUGCCGAACCAGCUGAAUCAGAAAUAUACACUGCAGAAACAGCACCUGCUGUCCAAAAAUCAGCAACUACUGAAAUUGCCCCAACCGAACCUGAACCUGCUGAAACCUCCACAAUUACAUCAGAAAUUGCUGAACCUGCUGCUGUCCAAAAAUCAGGCACCUCAGAAACUGCCCCAACUAAACCAAAAGUUGCUACACUUGCUGAACUAGCAACAUAUGUCACUGAAUCAGUACCAGCACCUGCUGAAGCUCAGAUCGCAUCCCCCGUUGUUGUCCAAAAACCAGCAACUGGUGAAUUUGCUGAACCAGCACAGCCCACUGCUGUGUUUGUCCAAACAACAAAGGUAGAACACUUUAUGGGAACAUCAACUGCCAAUGUUGUUGAGAUUCUUGCCUUGCUCAUUCUGCUUCAAAGCGUUUCCUCCAUCUGCAAUGGAGAUAAUUUCAAUGGAAGCUGUAUCAGGACUGAAAGAGAAGCUCUUGUGAAGUUCAAGUCAAGCCUCCUCAACAAUUCAAACUCGUUGCCUUCAUGGGUGGGGGAUGAUUGCUGCAGAUGGCACGGAGUCACUUGCGAUGACAUAACCGGUCAUGUAGUUAAGCUCGUUCUUUCUCGGGCGUCUAAGCUCGUUCUUUCUCGGGCGUCCAUCAUGGGAAACAUUUCCCUUCAUCUUGGAAAUCUUUCAAACUUGCAGUAUCUUGAUCUCAGUUUGAAUCCUUCAUUGGCAAUCCACAGCCUCCAUUUUCCAUCUUCUUUGAAAUACUUGUACAUGUGGUUCGUGGUCCUGGACAAGUGUGACAAUUGGUUGCAGUCAAUAAACAUGCUUCCUUCUUUACUAGAAUUAGAAUUGUGGAAUUGUGAGCUUUCCAUCAUUGGUGAUGUUUCACAUGUCAAUUUUACAUCUCUUGAGGUUCUCAGACUUGAUUGGAACAACUUCCAUUCCACAAUCCCUAGCUGGUUAUAUAAUAUUACCAAACUUCAAAAUCUUGAUCUGUAUUCUAAUGCUUUCCGAGGGUCUCUUUCAACUGAUAUCAGUAAUCUUAAUUCUCUUGCUUAUCUUAAUGUGGGUGUUAAUUCUUUGGAAGGCAACAUGCCCAACACGUUGAACAGGCUUUGCAAUUUGAUUGAGCUAGACUUGGGUAACAACAAGUUCAGCGGUGAGAUUUCUGGAACUUUUGGCAACUCAUCCACUUGCAUCAAGAACAGUUUAGAGAAUCUGUCUCUUUUAAACAAUUCCUUUUCUGGUAGUAUUCCAGAUAAUUUGGGACAAUUUAAACGCCUGAAAGUUCUUUAUCUUUCUGAAAACUCUUUCUGGGGUUCAAUCCCUGUAUCCAUUGGACAGCUUUACAACCUUGAAAGACUACGUUUCAGUCAGAAUUCAUUGCAUGGGGAGGUUUCUGAACUUCACUUGUUAAACCUGAGAAGCUUGAUUGAGUUGAGUAUGGAUGGGAAUUCUUUAGUUUUUGAUAUUGAUCCCGAAUGGAUACCUCCUUUUCAACUUGACUGGAUUGGUUUAUCAUCUUGUGAAGUAGGGCCUUCGUUUCCACAGUGGCUCAAAACACAAAAGAGCAUUAGAUUUUUAGAAAUGUCUAAUGCAAGCAUCUCAGAUAACAUCCCUGACUGGUUUGAAAAUAUUUCUUCCAAUAUUGUAGGAUUGGAUUUAUCUUAUAAUCAGUUGUUUGGGACCUUGCCAACUUUCAGAAAACUGAACACAACUUAUGCUAACGAAUAUAGGAUCAUAUUGUUGAAAUCUAACCAUCAUACUGGCGAACAAGCUUGUUCGACAUCCCUGGUGGCGAAGAAGGGAGAGUUCGCCACUCAUGGUGGCGAACUCUAUCUUCCUCAGCUUGUUCGCCACUAUGAGUGGUGA